GUCUAAGUACUCUUGCAUGUAUAUAGCAACUAACAAACCCUCCCUUGAUUUUCUCAUCACAUUUCGAUUUCUUCUUCUAUAUAUACGCAGCCAAUGCAUACAAAAUCCGUGCAUCAAUAAUUGUAUUGACUUAUUAUCUAGCUCAAACCAAAAGAGAUACAUAGAUAGAGAUUGCAGAAAAUGAAUGCUCUCGCCGCCACCACCCGCAAUUUCCGGCAAGCGGCUCGCAUCCUCGGCCUCGACUCCAAGAUCGAGAACAGCCUUUUGAUCCCAUUCAGAGAAAUCAAGGUGGAAUGCACAAUCCCAAAGGAUGAUGGUACGUUGGUCUCCUACAUUGGAUUCAGAGUACAACAUGACAAUGCACGUGGGCCCAUGAAAGGAGGCAUCCGAUUCCAUCCCGAGGUUGACCCUGAUGAGGUGAAUGCGCUUGCACAACUAAUGACUUGGAAGACAGCGGUAGCUGAUCUCCCAUACGGCGGAGCAAAGGGUGGGAUCGGCUGCAAGCCCAAAGACCUCAGCACCAGCGAGUUGGAACGCCUUACUCGCGUCUUCACCCAAAAAAUUCAUGAUCUCAUCGGAGAUAACACUGACGUUCCUGCUCCUGACAUGGGCACUAAUGCUCAGACUAUGGCUUGGAUUUUGGACGAGUAUUCCAAGUUUCAUGGUCACUCCCCAGCAGUUGUUACAGGAAAGCCUGUGGACCUGGGUGGAUCACUGGGUAGGGAGGCUGCAACUGGGCGUGGCGUGGUGUAUGCCACCGAAGCAUUACUUGCUGAGCAUGGAAAGUCCAUCGAGGGUUUAACGUUCGCCAUUCAGGGGUUCGGAAACGUUGGAUCGUGGGCGGCGAGGCUGAUUGACGAAAGAGGCGGGAAGGUGGUUGCGGUGAGCGACAUAACAGGGGCUAUCAAGAAUCCCAACGGAAUUGACAUUGCAGCAUUGCUCAAGCACAAGGAUGCCACCGGAAAGCUAGAAGAUUUUGGUGGCGCCCAGACAAUGGCGUCGGACGAGUUGCUCACUAGUGAAUGUGACGUGCUCAUACCGUGCGCUCUCGGAGGAGUUCUCAACAGGGAAAAUGCGGGAGAUGUGAAGGCCAAGUACAUCAUAGAAGCUGCAAAUCAUCCUACUGAUCCAGAAGCUGAUGAGAUUUUGUCCAAGAAAGGAGUUACAAUCCUCCCCGAUAUAUAUGCAAAUGCAGGAGGAGUAACAGUUAGUUAUUUCGAGUGGGUUCAGAAUAUUCAAGGGUUCAUGUGGGACGAAGAGAAGGUGAAUCAAGAGCUGAGCAGAUACAUGAGGAGAGCCUUCCACGAGAUAAAGAGCAUGAGCCAAACUCACAGCUGCAACCUUCGGAUGGGCGCUUUCACACUCGGAGUCAACCGAGUUGCUCGAGCUACUUUGCUCAGAGGUUGGGAAGCCUAAUUAAGAUUCACGCCUGCCGUCUCAACAUUUCUCUGCAUUUUCAUUUCUUCAAGAAUUUCUUCCAGAUCACAACUAUUGUGCCCAUUUUCUUACUACUCUUCCAAGAAGGCCGCAUUUUCGCCAAUUAAGUUUUGUCUUUUUCUCCCAUUCUAAAUCGACUAGAUACAUUGCAACCAUGUAAUAAGUUCCAUGAGAUGAUUUAUCAUGUCCACUA